AAAAUGCGGCGAGUCUUCAGUUCUCAAGCAAUUCAAACGGCAAUUGAGAAAUCUUUGCCAGAUCUUCAAAAAAUUGUUGGAAACUCUUCUGUUCGGACACAAGAAUCUGUAAGAAGGCAAUUUGCACGAGAUGAAAGUCAUUUUAUUGCACCACCACCAGCAGUUGUCCUGGAGCCUACAAAUGUUGAACAAGUCUCCGAAAUUCUAAAACUAUGCAAUGACAGAGCAAUUCCAGUGGUUCCAUUUGGUACUGGAACUGGACUUGAGGGUGGAUCUAUGUCAACUUUAGGUGGAAUUUGCAUAAGUACUCAACAGAUAAUUGGUGAUCCAGUGCUCCGUGAGCAAGAUUUUGUAUGUUCUGUUAAACCAUCAACUACAAGAAUUGCUCUUAAUGAUGCAAUUAAAAAUUCUGGAUUAUUCUUCCCAGUUGAUCCUGGAGCAGAUGCUUCUGUUUGUGGAAUGGUAGCAACUAGUGCAAGUGGAACCAAUGCAAUUCGAUAUGGGACAAUGAAAGAAAAUGUGGUGAAUUUGGAAGUGGUACUGGCAGAUGGUACAAUCAUAGAUACAAAAGGAAAAGGAAGAUGUCCAAGAAAGUCAUCUGCUGGUUUCAAUUUUACUGAACUUUUUGUUGGAUCUGAAGGAACUUUAGGGAUAAUUACUGAAGCAACAGUAAAAGUUCAUCCUCGUCCACAAUUCUUAUCUGCAGCUGUUUGUUCAUUCCCAACAGUACAUGAAGCUGCCUCUACCGUAGUUGAAGUUCUUCAAUGGAAUAUUCCAGUGGCACGAAUUGAGCUUCUUGAUACAGUUCAGAUUCAAGCUUGCAACUCUUACAGUAGCCUGAACCUUCGAGAAUCACCAACUCUUUUCAUUGAAUUUCAUGGUAGCAAUGAAAAAGAAGUAGCUGAUCAAACAUCUGCUGUUGAGGAUAUCUGUAAAAGUCACGAAGCUCUAGAUUUUGAUUCUGGAGCCUCACCUGAUAAGAGGGCAACUUUAUGGAAAGCUCGACACAAUGCAUACUACGCUGCUCUUGCAAUGAGAACAGGAGCAAGAGGAUUCACGACAGACGUAUGUGUACCAAUAUCAAAACUAGCAGAUGUGAUAUCAGAAACAAGAUCUGAUCUAGAUGAACAUGAAAUUCUUGGAACUGUUGUUGGUCAUGUUGGUGAUGGAAAUUUCCAUGUUAUCCUCCCAACAAUUGAAGAAGAUAAAACUGAGCAUAGAAAGAUCCAAUCGUUUUCUGAUCGUCUUGUAAGACGUGCUCUGGCUGCAGAUGGAACAUGCACUGGAGAACAUGGAAUUGGACUUGGAAAAAGAAAAUACUUGAGAGAAGAAUUAGGAGAGAAUACUGUACGGUUGAUGCACACGAUCAAACACGCGUUGGAUCCUAAUAAUAUUAUGAAUCCAGGAAAAGUCCUUCCAGAAUUGUAAAUGCGUAUUUUCUGUAAGUAGAAUGAAGUGAAGAAUGAAAAAUUAC